AACUUGGAUACGUGAAGGAAUAUUGUCAAAAAUACAACUUAAAAAUCGCUUGUCGUUCUCUUCCUUCGCACACUAUUUUGUCAUUCAAUUCAAAUGAAGGAUUUUAUCUUGCUGCUAAGAUAAUAAUUUAUAUAACCGCGGCAAACGGGAUAUAACCGCGACAACCGACUCAAACUAUAAAAGAGUUGAACAGCAAACAUCGAACAUGGAGGAAAAACAAAUGUUCGGCAUAAACGGUAUGGAACAAAAUGAUGCUGGAGCGUUAACACCAGAGCAACAGCAAAAGCUUAAUGACUUUAAGAUCAACACGAGAUUUGCAAAUGAAAAAUACUUGAGAGGACACCCGGAGGUCUCCUGUCUUCUGACGGGGUUUUUAGGGAGUAUCUUGCGAGAGAGACCAGAAAAUGUUAGAGAAUUUGCAUCAAAAUACUUUUCAGAUCCAGAAUUGAACAGCAAGGUGGAAGCACAAGUUGCAGAGUUGAACAGCAGAAUCAAAAAGACAAACAGACCAUAAAGUUAGAAUAAUUUUACAGAAAACCCAUGCAUGCCAGAGCCUAUAAGAUAAGUUUUUAAGACUCACUGAUGAUAAGAAGUUGAUAAUAUAAUUUGUAGCCUGGUUGUUUGCAACUCUUCGGUCUGCAACUCUCAGGACAUGAUAGAAAACAAAUAAUUUCUUAGUUUUCUAUUCUACCUGUUAUACUAUAAACUAGCUUUAUUUAUUUAUUUGUUUUUGCAUUCAGUUGUAAAUAUUAAAUAAAUAGAUGUGACUCAGGCUGUACAUGUAUGAAUAAAAAAAUGAACAGUAUUCAUUUAGUUUUGUUACCACUGUAUCUGUUGUAAAUUAUGUAGACAAUGUGAAGUUGCUGUUCUAAUAGUAGGGGUCAAUGUCUCCCCAUAAUCAUGUUAAGGAUGAUGCUUCCGUUUGUUAGUAAACACGCGUUUGGCAAAGCUAUUUUUUAAGGGCAAGUUCCUGUGGGAAACCCUAGUCUGUCCACAGACCCUGUAUCUUGUCUACAGUAUGUCGAGAUCACAAGAAAAAUGAUAUAUAGAUUUAGCCAAGCCUAAAAGCAGAGCUCCUGAUUAAAUAAUUAACCAUAAAUGAAAAGAGGACAUUUUUUCCUGGGAUCAGAAACUCAAAAUAUGAUCAAUUGUGAGCAUAUCAUUGUUCAGUGUGAGGUUUCAGUAUUUUUUCUAGUUACAUUUUAACAAACGAUACCUAAUGAGUGUACCCAAGAUUGUAGAUGUAUCAAGAGACGAUUGUGCAAGGAAUAUAUCGGAAGGAAAUUCAACAAUGUGUCAGAGUUUAAUUUGCGCCAAAAUUGCAUGUACUCCCUCCCUCUUCCCCAGAGUAAUAACUUGGCUUGAGCCUGUGACCCAAUCGAAAACCCAGUACCUGGUCAGCGGUCAACAAAAACACACAACCUCGAUG